AUGUUACGCAAAACCGCUCUUCUCGCCCUUGCGGCUCUCCUCCCCUUCUCCCUUGCCCAAGUCUCUGAGGACUUCGAAAGCGGAUGGGACCAGACCGCAUGGCCUACCUACGCGGCCGACUGCAACCAGGGCGGUAAAGUCACCCUGGACAGCUCCACCGCCUACAGUGGCAAGAAUUCGAUGAGGGUUGAUGGUGCGGGUGGCUACUGUGGACACAUUUUCUUCGGCACGACGAAAAUCCCCAGUGGAGAUGUUUACGUCAGGGCUUACGUGAAAGCCUCCAAGGCCCUCACCGACUCGCACGUCUCCUUCAUCACCAUGACCGACGCCGCCCAAGCCGCCGGAAAGCAUCUGCGCAUCGGCGGCCAGAGCAAAAUCAUCAUGUACAACCGCGAGUCCGACGACGCCACGCUGCCCGACCUGUCCCCGCAGGGCAUUGCCGCCUCCACCGCGCUUCCCACGGGACAGUGGAAAUGCUUCGAGUACCACAUCGGCACCGACGGUACGGUUGAGACGUGGCUGGACGGCACUGCUAUUGCCGGGCUGACCGUCAAGCCGGGCACGACGAAUGCCAAUGCCGGCCAGUGGACGAGGAGCAGCUACAAGCCUAAGAUUACCGCUAUCUACUUUGGGUGGGAGUCGUAUGGCGGGGACACGAAUACGUUUUGGUAUGAUAAUAUUAGCAUUAGCUCGACUCGUGUUGGGUGUACAUGA